CUUCCGUCCAUACUCCAUACUGUUUCUCACUUCUUCUUCUUCGUCUUCUUCGCUUCGUCUUCUUCAUUACUUUACAAUGAUUUACUUGCUCGAACCGACCGUGGAAGCCCCUGUUCUUGAGUGCCUAGUGCGACUGUGAGAGCCACCACCAUUGGAAUAGUCUUGUGGCACAUGCUGCAGCCUCACAUCAUCUGGGAAAGCAAGUUAAGAACAGCCUUAUGCUAGAGAACCUUGCAAUCCAUUCGCAUGGAAUCCGACAGAUUGGAACACCUGGGAUGGAUGGAACAGAGGGGGUGACCCAAUGUCCAGUAUUGCCUGGGAAUACCUUCAAAUACGAGUUUAAAGUUGAUAGGCCUGGAACUUACCUGUACCACGCGCACUAUGGAAUGCAAAGAGAAGCAAGGCUUUAUGGAUCAAUCCGUGUAUCAGUUGCUGGUGGAAAGAUAGAAUCAUUUGCGUAUGAUUAGUCAGCACCAUAAGCAUCUUUAUAUUUUGUCGUGGGUUCCUGACGAAGAAGACGAAGUGAGAAACAAUAUGACGGAAGUCUGAUAUGGU